AUGCCUCCUGCCCGGUUUCCAGGACAUCCGGAGCCACGGCAGGAGGCUGGGCAACAAAAGCAACAGACUGACUGCAAGAACCACGUCCCCUCGCUUCGCGCCAGGUUUCAUCGUCCCGUCAUGGACGGGAAAACGUCCGUUUCCGAUCCGUGCAUCUUGGCAGGCCCUCCCCGAGAUCGGGUCACCAGCAGAUCUGCCCAAUCAGCCCGCGCAGUAGCCCGCCGGACCCGUAAAACGGGCACCGAAUGCGGCUCGGUGCCCACAUCGUCUCCUUUUUGCCUUGGACGGGCGGUCCUAGCGGCACCCACUGCCAGUCCCAACGGACCAGUCAGAGCGCCUGCUCAGCCUGGAGUUCUUUCGGAUUCGAAAAACCGGCCCGAAUCGGGCAUCCCGCUCCACCGCCCGGAAUCCACAGUGGAGAGUGAGUACCCGAGGGGAGAAAAGCACUGGCUCGGCUGGAAGGAAAAGGGGGGGGGUGGGAAGAAAUGGCGGGCGUUCAGCUGUUGUUACCCUCGGGAAUGCAACUCACCGAUGCUGGGAAACUGGUCUGUUGGCCUGUUGGACGGGCGACUGCGUGCGUUGCCAGAGCGAUGGCCAAAGGGACAGACAUCAAGACCGGCGAGAAAGAAAGAAGAACAAUUAAAGAGGACGCCUGCAAGUUGGCAUUGGCAAUAA